CAUUUCUUCGAAACCCUUCGACAAUUCCAAGGUCAUGUUUUAUUAUUGUGUUUUACUACAUAGUAGUCGUCGUAUCAUGUUACCUUUCCUCUUACGACUAUCGACUGACUGCGGCAAGGUGCUUCACGUCAAGGACCUGCUACUGGGUUGUUAAAAAAAAAAGGGAAGCAAUCGAGUCGUGGAAUGCCCCUGGGUUCAUUGUCAUAGCAUCAUAGUCGCCUUGUUUCAGCGUCGUGGUCAGACAGCCAUUAAUACAGUAAUAUAAGUCUUUCUCGAGUCACUGCAUGACAGAGACUCGAGCCUGGAAGUUAGGUACCUACCUAAGGUACGGGGUUUCAAGUGUCAUGACCGCGCCGUUCGCUUGCGGAAGUCAGUUCGGAUUGCAGGGGUCGGGAUCGCAAAUAUGCCAUGGCGACCAUACAUACUAUGCAACAAUGGUAGCCCGUCUACUCCUGCACCUGGUCUUGCUCAAACCACACGUCUAUGCCCAACGAGCAUCGCUCCUGCGCUCACUCCUGUGCACCCAAGUCUUCUUUCUGGUGUAAGCUCUCCUCUCCGUGUGUCUCUCUUUCUCUUUUCAUCUCGCGGCUUUGAUGCGGCGGCACUUGCGAUGCCUCUUGGCCCAGGAUCAAGCAUGAAGCCCCGCGAGCACAGCGACAUCAGCUUUUCAAACUGAAGACACCUUCCGCCCUUCGGCCAUCUCCCUCAGACCUGAGUCGCCGCUCCCUCAAGCUCUGCAUUCACCUGAAAAAGGCGCCGUGUGUAAUGGACGGGCCGACGAAUUACGUUCGGACCAAGUCGAAGAUCUUUUCACCUUUGCGGUCCAAAUAUUCAUCCUGGAUAGUGCAAAAUAUUCGACGCGGAGACCAGUCGAGGAAUCUGUCCCUUGAGGCGACAUACUGUAGCCGAUGCCGAGUAUAGCUGCGGUUCCUUCCUUGCUGGUUCCGUUGUUAGCUCUGGACCAACACACUUGAUGGCAGGCGAGCUGAGAAGAGCCUCCAAAAUGAUAGACGAGACCACCGCCCCUUACCUUCAGGGCAUGUACACCGAAAGAAGACGUUCGCGGCUCAGGAUGUUGUUGCCGAGCGUGGCGGACGGGACAAUGCAAUGGUGCCGUGGAACUUGGGUUGAACCAUCAUCCACACCAUCAGCCAGGCCAUGAGAAGAGGGAAUUGUUGUACUUUGAAUUGUGGUGUCGUAAUACACGACAUCCAGCCACUUCUCUCGGAGGUCGCUGCAAUGUUGAGGAAGGACUUCAGGUAAGUAUGCGGCAAUCGUCUCCUCAACGCUGCCUGGUCUGAGGCCAGCGUCAUUGAGGCCCAGCCAUUGACCGGGAAUAAUAUACUCUGCCAAUAGCACCCUUUGUCCAUGGAGGUCUUGCCAUCUUGCCAAAAAAGAAAAGCACGCCAAAAAAGGCAAAAACUUUUGAACCAUGCCUCGGCCUGGCAAUUUCCUCCUUCUUAAGGUCUUCCAUCCGAGGGGUGGAGCCAAGUGAAACCCCCGGUCGGUGCUGCGAAAUCCACAAGAUCUGCCCGGCCAACGGUGCCUCCUCGAGUCGGAGACACUCGCUCUUCUACCUUGUAGGUCCAGGGAUUAGGCCCAGGGAUUUUUCUCGAGAGAGCUCCUCUUACAAUUUGGUUUAGUUUAAGACUUUGUGGAUUUGGUAGCGCACCACCUUGCCUAAACGCCUAAGCCAUCGGGCCUGGGUUUUGGCUCGGAGGAUUGUCGAGGGAAAAUUCUGUGCCUCAAAUACUUAAGGGUAUUGGAGGUGGGACCAAGUCAAGUGAGCUUGAUGUGAAGACAACCGCAGUGGUCUGUUGUUGCCUGGGAGGCCUUCGGGAUGAAAGCUGCAUCGUCAUGGUGUUGCUUCAGCCCAUGGUCGCCAAACCGGAGAGACCAAGUGCGACGGCAAUUCUACUGCUUCCGCCCAAAGACAGUGUACCUGUUCCAAAGUUCAGCGCAUGCAUGGUCCACGAGAACCUGGAACUCCUCGAUGCUGCGCAAUUGCCGAUGGGUUAUGGGGUACAAUCCCAACGAGCGUACCAGGUCUCUCAUGUUGGCUAGGUUGGCUUCGCCAAUGCUUCGCUGGUGAGGAUCUGUAUUGAUGAGAGGUGAGCUUGCGUCCUCUACAGCUAAGGACCUUGCAGAAUAUCUUCCUGUUGCUUACCGGCAGGCCAGGGACACGUCGCAAUGUCCCUGACGUCUGUGCUCACAUUGACAAACCCGGCCAUGCGCAGCCAGGUCUCGCAGUCCUGCGUAACCCGCAAGCUCUUUUUGCCUUCUGGACGGGUCGCUAAACCAAGGGCCUGGGUAUACAGCCUGCUCCAUUCUUGGAGAGCUUGGAGGGCAUCCAUAUCACCGAUUUCGGAACGGAAAUGAAGAUCCCAUUCUGUCAACUGAACCCAACCGUUCUUCCGCAGCAGGCUGCCAGUGAUCAGUGUUCUUGUUGCGAGUCAAUCUUGCGGUGGUUAUUUACCGAUGCAUGUCCCGCAGGUAGUUCGGCCACCUGGUUGCCGCGAUGCCACCGGCGACAAACCUCGAAUGGAUAAGGUCGAAGGUUCCCGGCUCGGCGAAGUCCAUGCGCUCGUUGAGGUUGGCGAUCUGGUGUCUGUUAGCUCUGGAUGUGUGCAAUUGAUGGGGCCAGAAGGGCCUAGCAGAGUAUCUUAUCCCACAGUCAGGUCAAGUACAAGGUGAUACUCUCAAUCCUGGACACCAGCCACCGCUUAACCAUGGGGUAAUGGGGGCCAUUACCUGGAGAUCCAUGUUGUCCGGUUGAUCUGGAGGGGCCAUCAAAGGACAAAUAUCGACUCCCAUGACCUGUCAUCUCAGCAGCGGCUCCGCAGAAUCAUGCAAUGCAUUCCUCACUGUGCAAUUUGGAUCAUAUUCUGCAAGAUCGGAUGCCCAAUUUCCUGAGCCAAAGCCGCAAUCAAGUAUUGACUCUGGAUCUUGGAUGAAAUUUGGGUGCAACGAGUUAUCCCAAUCACGGUAUAUCAUCUUCAUCAUUUCAUGCUGAUCCCUCAGUCGAGUUUCUUCCUCCUUUAUGGUGCUGUAUUAGCUCAGGAUCCAAAGAUGAUGCGUUCGAGGUCAACUGACCAGAUCAAUGGGAGCAAGAUAGGCUUCACGCCUCAAGGCGUAAUCUUGAUACUCUCGGUCGUGGUACGUGAUCUUUCUGUUGUAUCGUUCGCCGUUGAAGGACCUGUAUCUACUUUCAGCAUGUAAUCGAACUGGAAUUGUCGGGAUUCUGACUCGGCCGCCAUAGUCGUCAAAGCAACUGUCACCCUUUCUGAUGGAGCACGUUCGAAAAGACCGUCGAAGCUCUGCCGUCGACCAUGAAAUCCAGCAACAGCGGAUGUCCUGGACUUAUGUUCCAAGUUCAAAUGUGCAAUGAGAACACUAGCAUCUAGCAACCAAUGCUGGCUCUCUGAGAAAGGGCACAGUCAAAACGCACCGACAAGGACAAGAGCCAUUGCACCUGACGCACUUAGGGCUGCUCUGACCAAUUCCACACGAGAGCGCAAGGAGCUGAAAACGUGGCACAACUAAUAUGUCGUCUCUUCAAAACCCUUGCUAAGAACGAGGGCUCCGUCAAAGCGGAGAAGAGUCAAUCCACAUGUUGAAUCCACCAUAUAACUGCCAGCAUCUAAAGAAGCGGGCGCCUUGCAGAAACCCACCCGCGCGGUUGACCAGCAGGGCUGUUCCGGUUCCAGGGCCGAACCCAGCCUAUGGCCGUGGGUCCAUGGAGCAAGCAAGUGGGAGGGCGAACGACAUGGAUACAGCAGUUCGCAAUAUGACUCUCUUCGAGUGGCUUGCACUAGAGAGUCUGUCCUUGGCACCAAUCCUGCCAACUGUGCAGGCUAUAAGAUGAUGACUUGUUACCCGCUUGUUCCACGUACCAAAGAGAUGGGACCAGUUUCAGGGAUGGUUUGCAGCAGAUUCGAGAAGGAAAGUGACGGCUUAGAUGUCUUGGGCAUGGAAACUGCGGUCCUUUCCUUUUCAAGAUUGGCCUACUAGGGUUCUUGGGCACAUGCCCAAUAUUUGUGUGACCCUGCUGGCCAGCUUCACUGCAGGGUUACCUCAUUCGACAUCAGACAGACUCCUAAGAGCCUGGAGCUCGGGAGAAGUCCGUUCGACGGGCUGAGAACCGCCGAAUUGUCCAUGCUGGGCGCUCAAGCAAGCGGCCACUUUCGAGCAACAGAAUCUCGCCAGGAACGAACCUGAUUUGUCCACGUCAGAGCGUUACGAGCGCCCCAAUGGGACAGGUGCUUCGACUAUGCGACUAUAGUCAGACAAGGUACUGUACCAGUGCGCUGGCGAACCUUCUUUUCUCAGCCUAUUACAUUUUAUCCUAGGUCAUUGGCAGUCUCAUCACGCGAGUGAUGGCCCUUUUCCGCAAACUUUGCUUGAACUCGGCCGGUGACCGACCGGCGGACGAUGAGGCUACUUGUCCUUGUUACAGUCCCCAGACGUACCCGGCUUUACCCUCCUCUGCAAGCCCAAGCCAUGAGGUUGGCAUUUGUAUCCAAAGUUCGCUUUCGCUAGUCUGCAGGGAUCACGGACAGGCCUUUCCGCGAAUAAAUUAACCACCACUCCAUCCGGGCAACUUCAAUAGCAUUGCCGACAUACCCAUGGAGCUUUAAGUUCGGCCACGGUGGGGACUACUGUAUAACCUACGGUAAGCUCCGGCACAGAACGGGCUACCACGAAACCACGAUUGACUUAUGAAUUCCUCCUCAUGUCAGUUGUUUCUACGACAACGGGAACUGCAAGGACACUUGCGCAAGUCGCCUAAUUGAUACAUCCUAAUUAUAAGCAGCUUCUCGCACCUCCACUGGAGUCACCUCUCGUUCAGAGAUGACUCUAUUCCCAAUACUGCCAUCAAGUCUUGACACGGCUAAACUUUCUUUCUUUUCUUCUCUCUGUAGCCAGAUCUGCUUGAGGUGGGACGGGACCUAGACUUCCGUUCCUUCGGCGACUCCACCAGACACUCGUGCCUUGUUCCGCACACCGAUUGUGCUUUUGAGCUAUCUCACAAGAAAACUGGAAGAGGCUUGUGGAGACUCCUGGACACGUGUUUGGCCCCAGUCCAGCAACCGGCACCCGCAAUCAUAUUGGACCCGCUGGGGGUUGAUACCACACGCCCAAUGAUGAGAUUGCAAACUGUCAGAAAACACACCGUCAGAACUCUGAAUGCCACCUCUCUCGAAUAAUGGCUGGUCGACCGGCGAACACUCUGGAAAUCUGGAGUACGAAAAGAGAAAAAUGGCAUUGGAACGGCGGCGACACGGCUCGAACACCUCCGAGUGACCCUAGACACUCAAAGAUUCUGUAGAUGGGCCAACACAGAGCGCCGGGAAACUUUUGCGGACGACUGGCUUGUACCUGGCGACGAGCGGGUCGUGCCGUCGAAGAGCCACGACCGCAUCGUGGUCAACUUUAUACACCUUUUUUAUACUCAUCGACCCUGGCAGGGGUAAACGUUCAUGGCCGCCUGACUAGUAUUGGCGGCUAGAAAGAAACGGCGCCACUUCCAGAAGCGAAGGAACCACUCUGCUGGUACCGUGCUUUCUCACCGAGACAGAUGUGAUAGACUUUACUGCUCCGAAGCACCCGGUGAAGAUGGGUCAAAGAGACUGCAGUGUGCUCAAUUUACGUCGGCAUGGCCUUCCCUUUGCCACAAUUACGAACCCGAGGCGGUAGUACGAAGCGACCAAAAUGUUUGACAAGGCUCACAGAGUCACAGCCAGCAGCUGGGAGCUGCCGGGCCCUGACCAUACUAGUAGCUGGUAUGUUACAACGUCAAGCUACUAAAUCAUCUAUUAUUCGGAACGCAUCGUCAGUGCCAAGCUCGUCACGAAGACUUGCCCACAUUCUUUUUCAUUGUGCGGAUCUGAGUCUCAAGAUUUUCAUUUCGCUCCGAGAGCAAUAGAGCUAGGGUUGCAUUUCAAGCUGGUUUUUCAAAGUGUUGCAACUUUCACACCGACUCGGUGGAUAUUUUCCGGAGAGCAAGUUCCCUCCUGUACGACGUAGGAAGGGCGUCACCGGUUUCCGGCUUUUUCUCUUCCAUAUCCAAGACUUCUUCUUGUUCGUGGGCGAUUUCUGACAGCGACGCGGAAGGUCACGUCCCGACGGUAUGGCACGCUAGGCUAAAGCCCGGACCGAAAGCGCUGCCCGUCAUUGGACUAUCCGGGUUUAGUGGGCAUCACAGCCUCCUCAGGCCCCCCCUGUCCCGUGCCACAUCUGCGAACCGGCUCGCAGAUGGCCCAGGCAGGAAACGGGACGUCUUUGGCGGGUAUGCCCACAUUGUUGUGGUCCUACGCAAGGCCGCGAAGCGGAUACGCCUGUUCUUUCAGCCGUGGAGCGUACAGUAUCCCUUCUGCCAGGUCAAUCACAGCCAGUUCGGGUGAUUGCGCCGAAGCGGGCAACAGAAUGGAAACUUAAUCAUGACCAGCUACGGAGCACGACUGUUGAAAGCAGAGACGGGGGCGUUGAAGAGCGGCCGCUGAAGCUUUGACCUCUAGUUCAACCCGAUAGCCAACCCGAUGCAAACGACCUCACGGCGGUCGUUCCGUCAACAUCUGAAGACUGUUUCAGACGUUGCUUUUGGGAUCCCGACAGGGCUGCGCCCCAUCCCCUUAUUUCGCUUUUCCCAUGGUCGACCUAGCAACUCCUACCGAGACGGUGAGUCCCUGCACCGUCUGCCUUGUUAUCCUCCGAGCCCGUCGCCCAUUAGGACGAUUCGACCGAUGGGCCGUCAACAUGUGGCGCAAGAAAGGGCCUAUAGUUUUGAAGACCAGAAGUUGAAGAGAACUCGCUGACAGAAGUCUUCCGUCCAUGGUAAUACCGGCUUCAUCAGUUUCUGAACAGUCGGGAUCGCAAUGCUGAUGUCCCGGAGUUAAAACGUUACCGAGACGAGGCCGUCUGGAGUCUGGGAUCAAAUUCAACCACCCGUUCUCCUGCUUGUCCUCGAAUCAUCACACAUCGAACAAGCUCAGGUUCAACGCGAUCUUCGAACCGACCAGAGAGGUUUACUUGCGCGUUCCUCAAGCUCCUAGGGCGUACAGCACGACUCCAAAUGUUGGCGAGCCGGUAUUCACCAGGUGGCUGCACCGAACGGGUGCAGUGUCCAAGCUCAGCAACUGCUCACCCACUGUCUCCACUUCAACGUGCCUUGGUACGUUUCAGUACUUCGUGACCCGCCUGAAGCGAGGGUGCAUUGGGCGCUCUCUGCCCUGGUUCAUUACCCAUUUGUAGUCCUGGAUCUAUCAAGCAAUCUGGCGGAACACCCGAUAAUAUCGGUUGUUGAUCUGGUGCCUGAUGUUUCUAGUUUACUACGACUCUCAGAGCAGAGGCCAGGGAUGACCAUAUGUGGAUGCCGGAGCACGCAUUCCAGAAACAGUUGCAUUUUUCUAGCUCGGAGCGAGACGUUUUGACCUCCCCAUCGUGUCCGCUGGCGGUAACAUUUAGUCCAACACUGAUAUGCAUGGUUUUCUAUUGAUUUAUCUUCAGCAUGACUUACUCGCCGUGUCAGAAGUUCAGAGCUGUUUUCUAAACGAGUCCUCGCGCUCCGCUUGUAUGGUGGAGAUGGCAUCUUCCCUGGUUUUUUGUGAGUGCUGCUAUACAUAAUAAUCGUCUCAGGUCAGCACGAUGAUUUGAUUAUUCCAAUGAUAUGGGCCUGUGUUUCUGGAUGAAAUUCCUCCUGCUAUCUCCGCAUAUGUCAGCUGUUCAAUCAAGCUUUCCGCCAGCUUACUUGCCCAAGCGGUGUGCGAUGCCGCCUUCGCUGCUGUUAGGUGAGGCAGGGCAUCGUCCGGAGCUGUGGUUGGCCUAUCUUUAUCACUUCUUCGGGUAUUGCAAGGCCGACGAAACGCCCACCUUACAAGAGCGGCUGCCGUCUGUGUCAUCGGCUUCUUGCCGCCCGCGGCCCUGGUUGGCACACAGAAACUUCCUGAGAACAAUUUGAACCUCGCUUUCAACGGUGAUGACCAAGAGCUUCGACACCGUGUCCUGCAGCACACUGCAAGAUACCUGAGAUUGACUUCCGCGGACCUCGGCCUUCCCCGGACAUACCACGCUGUACUUUGGUAUCUAGGAAGUACCUACUGUAUCUGGCCCUGCAUCUAUUUCCGGCCCAAUCCAUCCCUCAACAUCACCCUCCUACUUUGGACCAGUACAUGUAAGGUAGGCAGGGAUGGCGGAUGGUGGAUGUAAUGCUGACUGGCUAGUUUCCGCACCCAAAAAUAUAUCCCUGUAUCUGGAAUACCACGGGAGUGUAUUCCAGGCUUGUUCUUGAGUUAAACAGCCCCAAGCUUUACCAAGCAUUCGGUACACUAUGCGUGCUUACGCGUAAAUAGGUACCUAUUGUGGUAAUGCUUGCUUGCCAGAUUCGGAGUUUAUCCGCGAGAUGACUGUCAGCUGUAUUGCACAGCCUGCCUACCACGAAAAAAUACUGGCUAUUCAACGCAGCCUUGUCUUGCUCCACCAUAUCAGCAGAGCACCCAGCCCCCAGCCUUGUAUGUGGUGCACAGGUACCAAGUGAUUGAGCGACCAAAUUUGGCGCACAGUCGCCGCUCAGACCAUGUCUUCCUUGGACAAAAAUAUCACGGACAAUCGGCUCACAGUCCCAGCCGCAUUCGUUCCAUCUCGACCUCGGGCUCGCGAUCAGCUUACAAUGAUCGAGGAGACUUAGCGGUCAUGGCCGGAUUGCAGCACCUUUUCGUGAGUUCAGCUGCAUCCUACGGCCUGCUUCCAGCGGUGCAAAGUCUGGAGUGGAGUUUGUGAGGACAGUCUCGAGUAAACAUAUAUAAGAGGUGUGAUGCCGUCUCAGAGUACACAUUCAAUCGUACAGACAAACAAACAGUCACACAACCAAGACUCACAGACUCACCGUACAGCAGCCAAUCUUCUUCUUUUAUACUUGUCAAAUCAACGAGCUGAACAUACCCGACACAAUGAAAUCAUUCGUGGCCGCAUCUCUCCUCGCCCUCAUCACCGCCUCAGUCGCGGCACCUUCGGCGACCUCAUCAUCGAGACUUCGAUUCGGAAAGCGCAACAGCCCCAACGGUUGCGGCGCCGACCCGGGUCCGCAGGCAGUGAUUGACGCGAUCAACGCAUGGAACUCGGACGUCCAGACAGUCAAUGCAUUCCUCGAAGCGGCACCGACCUUGGACGCCGUCGGCAUCGACUUGCAUAUUGAAAAUGUGUUGAAUGCGGCCCAAGACGAACCGAACCAGCUGCAGGUGCUGGCGUGCAACGAGGGCGUCACACCCGGCACAGCGGCGCAAGCGGCCGCAGACGACUUGUUCAACGGGUUCGGAAACAACGUCUUGACCCCGCUAGGCAACAUCCUGGCCAACUCGGGCGACACCGCCGUCGUCCAUGCCAAUCUGGAUACGAUCAACCAGUUCCGCUGCUGUAAUGUCCUCCCUGACUUGGAUACUUUGUGGACUGCCACGGCCACCGAUGAGGGCGUGGCUAACGUCGUUCCCCUUGCGCCUCCGCGACCUACUACUUGUGCUGCCAUCACCUGUUGAAGGGUGAUUGAUUGAUUAAGGCCUAGUAAGAUGGAUCUGUUGCUAGAAGAGAGAUAAUUGUGGGUGGCAAACAUGGUUGUGCUUGGUUUGUGUUUUGCAUUGCGAAGACUGAAGACUUUGAACGCGAUCACUUUAAGUUGGGUUCGAGGAGCUGGGGCCUUGAGAGAAAGGGGCAUGGAGGCUAUCUGUCCUCGUCCAUUCGCUCUUUAUGGGUUUUAAUUAGAAUUAGUAUUGGCUCUACAUUAGUAUUGUAUGGACAUAUCGUCGUCGUUAUCAAAUCGUUCAACUCAAGCUGGAUAGGGGUUGCGCUUUUGCCCUGAUACUCUUGCGACUGAGUGACUUAU